CUCUCGAGGGAGAGGGUCGCGUGGUUCUUCGCGCUCUCCACGGUCGGGACCCUCAUGUUCACCCUCGCCUUCUUCGUGGGCCUCCCCACGCUCAUCCUCGCGCCCGCCAAGUUCGCGCUCUGCUUCUCCAUAGGAAGCGCGUGUUCCAUGUCGGCGAUGGGGGCGCUGAGGGGGUUGCAGGGGCAGUUGGCGCACAUGACCGCCCCCGAGCGUCUCACCCACUCCGCGGCGUACGUCGGGUCGUUGCUGGGCACGCUCUACUGCGCGCUGGUGCUGCACUCUUACGUGCUCACCAUCCUCUGCUCGUUCGCGCAGCUGACGUCGCUGCUGUACUACCAGGUGAGCUACUUUCCC